AUGACAGUCACUUCGAGUGGCCACCAGUACGAUCGACUGGCGCUGAUGUACCUGGGCGAUGCAGAGGUGUUCCGAACGUCAACUGCUGAGCCGACGUCCACGGGUAUUGUGUGGACGUACAUCAAGGAAAUGUCGCAGUACAAUGCUUUGUGGAAAAAGCCGCAGAAGCUGAUCUUUGAUCUGGGAAAUAUCAUCACGGAUGUAUAUACGGGACCAUUCAAUGUCACGCUAACCGCACACUUCUCCUACGCGGGGAAUGCGAGAAGCGCAGAUCUAAUCCUUCCCAUUUCGGCCAUGAAGUCUGCUUACAACUCCUCAAGCGCGUUCACGGUUCCGAGUGACAAUACGACCGUGUCUUAUACGAUUCCCGAUACGGUCUCUCGGGCUGUGGUGGCUAUUUCUGCGUGCGGUCAGUCCGAAGAGGAGUUCUGGUGGUCCAAUGUUUUCUCUCAAGAUUCAGAGGACUUUACUGGCACCGUUGGUGAGCUAUACGGUUACUCUCCCUUCCGAGAGAUUCAGCUCUACAUUGACGGUAUUCUUGCCGGUGUCAUGUGGCCAUUCCCCAUCAUCUUCACCGGAGGUGUGGCGCCCGGCUUUUGGCGUCCAAUUGUCGGCAUUGACGCUUUUGAUCUUCGUCAGCCAGAGAUUGACAUCUCGCCUUUCCUUCCGCUGGUACAAGCUGGUCAGCAACAUUCGUUUGAAAUCAGGGUCACGGGUCUUAAUGUCACUGAUGGCACUGCCACUUUUGCUGAUACAGUGGGCUCCUAUUGGGUUGUCACUGGCAACAUCUUUCUGUACACUGGCGAGAAAACGAAUUCUAAGAAAAGAGUCCUUCCGCAGGUGGAGGCUCCUGCGCCCAAAUUCACAGUCACUCGACACCUGACGCAGAAUAGUACCGGCGGAAAUGAUACACUAUCCUAUGCCGUAACAGCAGAGAGGACUUUCACAGCAUCUUCCUCCGAAUACUCGUGGUCACAAAAGCUAUCCUUCUCCAACUACGGCUACCUGAACCAAGAAGGAUACAGCCAAGUCAACAAGCAACUGACUUCGGGAAAGAACACCAUCUCAAAGCUCGGAAGCAAGUCAAGUUCCAACGAGACCACUUUCAGCUACCCCCUGCUAGUCAACGCAACCUACGGUAUCACAGCAAAUUCGUUGACAAUCAAUGCAUGGAUGGAGCGAGGCCUUGAAAUUGAGUCCACUGGUGGCCCAGGACUAUCGACUUACACUUUUGUUUCUGGCCCAUACCAGCUCCAUACAACCCAAUCCGGCAAUGCGACAUACAAUUCAGUCACAGGCUCAAGCUCGGUUUCUUCGGGUAGCACGACUGAUGAGUUUCAUAGCGUUGGCAAUGGGGUGCCAUAUUCUAGAUCUGUCAGUGCUGUUAAUGGAAGUGUGGUUUCUGAUACUCAGGCUGGUGCGGACACGGUCUCUGUCUCUAAUGAUAUGACGGCACUGGGUCGUAGUAGCGUGCGGAGUAUGCUGGGGAGAGGACCAGGUAGUCCGCCAAGUUAG